UUAAGACCGUUCUCGUUUUGCUAACUGUUAGGUAUGCCAAAAUACGUUAACUUACAUAAGCAGUACCUUAAACGUUUGCACCUCGAAAAUUACCUUUAGGAAAAAAACUGAUCUCCUUUAAGUUAGCGUGGAAUUCCCACAUUAAGCUCAGCAGUCUUCUAAUAGACUACAAGAGUACAUAAAUGACAUGUAAGGCAGUGUAUGAGGGGUAAAAGCUCGUAUCUGACAGCAGAGCGGCUCAUUCACCUGGUGAACACUGAGCGCGACCAGCGCAGCCUACGCACUUUGGGUUUGUCCCAUUGCAAGAGACGCGCUCAGUGCGUGCUCCCCGAGGACAUCCAGCGGACCGGGCGUUAUAGCGGAGCGCUUCCUUCCGACCCUCUCAUCUGUCAAUCAAAUAUGUGGUUCAUCAAUCUAACUUUGCUCGUUCUCAAACUGUCCGUGUCUGCGGAGGGAUUCUCCACGUGCCAGUCCUACAACUUGGCCGACCACAAAUCUAAAAGGAUUGAGGCGGUGCGCGGACAGAUUUUGAGCAAGCUGCGCAUCCGGAGUCCUCCGGUUCCCGAAGCCAGCCCGCCAUCAGAGUCGGUACCGGUGGGGGUGAUGUUACUUUACAACAGCACGAAGGAGCUGCUGAAGGAGCACUCAAUCAACCCAGUUCCUCAGAGCCCAUACUUCAGGAUAGUGGGCUUCGACGUCACCAACGUGGAGAGAAAUUCCAGUACUUUGGUCAAAGCAGAAUUUCGCAUCUUCAGAGCGCCAAACCCACAGGCACGCACCACAGAGCAGCGUGUGGAAAUAUACCAGAUUCUCAAAUCUGACGACGUGACAGCACCGUCUCAGAGGUACAUCGACUCCAGAACAGUUGAGCCUCAAGCCAAGGGGGCGUGGCUUUCUGUCGACGUCACGGAGACUGUGAAGGAGUGGAUGGCCUUCAGAGAGAGAAAUCUCGGGCUCAAGAUCAGCGUUCACUGUCCCUGCUGUACAUUCGUCCCUUCCACAAACAAUAUUGUCCCUAACAAGAGUGAAGAGUUGGAAGCCAGAUUUGCAGGCAUUGAUGAUGAUCUUAUAAAGCAGAACAGAAGACCAGGCAUGACUAAAGGACAGAUUGAAUUCAGCACAAAAACUCCCCAUUUGAUACUAACCCUGCUGCCCACCGACCGUCUGGAGAGUCCCACCAAGAAAAACCGCAAGAAGAGAUCAGCAGCAGUCACAUCCAUAUGCUCACGGACUGAUCAGGGCUGCUGUCUGAGGUCUCUGUACAUUGAUUUUCGUCGGGACUUGAACUGGAAGUGGAUCCACGAACCAAAAGGGUACAAAGCAAAUUUCUGUGCGGGGAACUGUCCUUACCUCUGGAGUGCAGACAACCACUACAACAUGAUUCUCCCGCUGUAUAAUAAAAUGAAUCCAGAGGCAUCAGCAUCUCCGUGUUGUGUUCCUCAGGACCUGGAGCCCCUCACCAUCGUUUAUUUCCUAGGCCGAACCCCCCGUGUGGAACAGCUCUCCAACAUGGUGGUCCGGUCCUGCAAGUGCCGUUGAAGCAGUGGAGAGGGAAGACAUAAAGAUCUCAGACGGAGGACAGGGCACAGGUGCAUUAGAGGAGAGCAAACUAACAUCUCAAUGAAAGGCAUCUUAAAGGGAUACUCCUCCCAAAAAUGAAAAAUGUCAUCAUUUACUCACCCUCAUGUCAUUCCAAAUCUGUAUGCAUUUCUUUCUUCUGGCAAACAUCAAAGAAAAUGUUCUGAAGAAUGUUGCGAACCAAACAUUUGGACCCCAUUGACUUCCAAUGUGACACUGAGACAUUUUUCAAAAUAU